AUGAUAGUCAGUCUUCGACGCCGUUUGAGAGUAUUUCGCCGCUCGGGCGGAAUGUCAUUUUAAAUUCCAAAGCGGCGCACAGUGUAGAAGCCUGUUCAAGAGGUGCACGAGUGAGUGUAUCUAAGAUUUUCCAACCCGGAUUUUACGUCGGAGCAAACAGGUGUACAUAAAUCGUCUCGAAAAACGACCUUGUGCGCCUCUUACGCGUGCAAUAGCAAGGUCCUUUGGUGGAUGGACUCACAAGGAAAAUAAUUAUUGUGUUUCGCGCCGCUGUUGUGUCCGCCGAUCGACUCAAAGAUCGUACUGCGACGAUGUUGCAGCAAAUUUUGAAGGACUUGUGGGUGGACCCGGAGCUGCUGGCGAGGCUGGACGAUGACCAAAAGCAGCAACUCUUCUGCAGAAUGCGCGAGGAACAGGUGCGCCGAUGGAAGGUGUGGGAUGAGGAGCAGAACAAGCUCGAAAAGGAUGGAAACUCGCUACAGAAGCCGGUGAAAAAUCUAAAAAAAGAAAAGAAGAAGGUCCAAUUUAAAACUGGCAAUGAUGGCGAGCCUUGGGUGUGGGUGAUGGGUGAGCACGAGAAUGAUAAGAGCAUUGAGCAAAUCCUCGAGGAGGAGGCGCGUGAAAAAGCCAUUCUGCAGGCCAAGAAAGAGGCGGAAGAGCUGAGGAAAACCUUAGAGACUGAACUGCUGAUUGACGAGCAGUCGUGGAAAACAGAAAGCAAAAUCGUCAGCAGGCCAAAGACGGAUGCGCUGGACAUUUACAACUCGGCCGAGGAGAUCAAGGAGUCGCUGAAUUUCAAAAAGUCGCCCAACAACAACAUGAGCCACACCAAGCACAUCAUCACCCACUUCCAGCCUGAGAAGGGCCGGGAGAUUCUUCAGGAGCUGAAAGUCAACAAUAAGCAAGGGGUGGCUCAGCGAGUUGCUCAGUGGGAGAACAGGCUGAUGGAGGAGAGAUCAACUCAGAUUUUCCAAACGCUGCAGAAGCAAAAACAGGAGUUAAAGCAGGAGGCCGAGCAAGUGAACGAAAAGCAGGAGGAGCUGUGGAGAGAGCAGGAGAGGAAAGCCAAAGAGGCCGAGCAUCAAAUCCGAGAAAUCGCUCGCAGAGCUAGAGAAGAGCACAAGAGGACGUCGAUGCUGAUGGACUCGACUCCUCCACCCUCCCCAGAGAGGAAGCUGCCCCCGGCAAUCACCGCGCCGAAACCAAUUUUGGACGCCAACACGAAUAACUACUCAACUCCGAGCACCGCGGAGAACAGCAUUGAUCUCAGGCCGCCCAACAAGGAAGCCAUCUACGAGUGGUUCCACAAAUCAGAGCUGCAGCGCAAGGCUGGACUCGACCCAAGCACAAGCAAGCUGGCCGCUUGGUUCCACGGACUGAUUACUCGCCAAGACGCCGAGGCGCUUCUGAAACACGAACCGAUCGGCUCUUUCAUCGUCCGGGUGUCGGAGAAAAUCUGGGGCUACGCCAUCAGCUUGAAGGAGGAGGACCGGUGCAAACACUACCUGGUUGACGCUUCCAACGGCCACUACCAAUUUCCAGGCGCCAACCAACUGGAGCACAAAACUCUGGGCGACCUCGUGUCAUACCACAGCUGGGAGCCAAUCACAGUGAACGGAAAUGAAAUUCUCAGGAAGCCCUGCCCGUGGCUGAAGGUGCCCGAAAUCUUCUCUAACGCUCUGCCCUCGCAGAAGUCUUAAUCGAGUCUGCUGAUCAAUGUGUACCACAUAGAUUAUAAUUGUUAAGUGCUCGUUGCAAGUCUAAGGUUAAGAGGAAUGAUUAAGCAUUGGCAUUUUCUGUCAACUGGAUGUCGAGGGUGGUGCUAAGCCCGGCUCCAGUACCAAAGUGAAACACUGAUUGCUCACAAAAAUGUCUUUGAAACGUGAAACCGAUUGCUUAGUGUGUGAUAUGUAAAUGUAAUAUUUCCAGAACAAUAAUUAUUCUUGUAUCAAGUCUACUGUGAAAUAAGAAAAUAUGAUUUAAAAUAAAUUAUUUUAUUAACGCAACCCUAA